GUGGAUCUUUCCCACUUGUCCCCAGAGGAGAGAUGGAGGGUGGAACACGCCCGCAUGCACGCCAAGCACCGCGGCCACGAGGCCAUGCACGCCGAGAUGGUCCUCAUCCUGAUUGCCACCCUGGUGGUGGCCCAGCUCCUCCUGGUGCAGUGGAAGCAGAGGCACCCACGUUCCUACAACAUGGUGACCCUCUUCCAGAUGUGGGUGGUGCCCCUCUACUUCACCAUCAAGCUCAACUGGUGGCGGUUCCUGGUGAUCUGGGUGUUCUUCUCGGCCGUCACAGCCUUUGUCACCUUCAGGGCAACAAGGAAACCUCUGGUCCAGACAACACCCAGGCUGGUUUAUAAAUGGUUUCUCCUGAUCUACAAGAUCAGUUACGCCACCGGGAUCGUGGGCUACGUGGCCGUGAUGUUCACGCUCUUCGGGCUCAACUUGUUGUUCAGGAUCAAGCCCGAGGACGCCAUGGACUUCGGCAUCUCCCUGCUGUUCUACGGGCUGUACUACGGGGUCCUGGAGCGGGACUUCGCCGAGAUGUGCGCCGACUACAUGGCCUCCACCAUCGGGUUCUACAGCUCCUCGGGGAUGCCCACCAAGCACCUCAGCGACAGCGUCUGCGCCGUCUGCGGGCAGCAGAUCUUCGUGGGGGUCAACGAGGAGGGGAUCAUCGAGAACACCUACCGCCUGUCCUGCAACCACGUAUUCCACGAGUUCUGCAUCCGUGGCUGGUGCAUCGUUGGCAAGAAGCAGACGUGUCCCUACUGCAAAGAGAAGGUGGAUCUCAAGAGGAUGUUCAGUAACCCCUGGGAGAGGCCCCACGUGAUGUAUGGGCAGCUGCUGGAGAGGCUGAGGUACCUGGUGGCCUGGCAACCCGUCAUCAUCGGCCUGGUCCAGGGCAUCAACUACAUCCUGGGGCUGGAGUGA